GUCGGCCUGGCAUUGGCAGAGCGAGGGAAGGUGGACACGAGACAGCGAGCGAGGCGAGGGAGGCAUCGCGAGCGAGCGAGAGAACGAGAGCGCGUUUGCGGUCCCAGACGCGCGAGGCAGCGAGAGGUCCGCGCCGUCCCGGGGCCUUCGAACCAUCGCUCCGCGAAGAAGAGAAAAGAGUGAGGCCGACGCGAGCCUCGCCCCAGACACAGACAGCCCGAUCGCGUCGGACGCACGAAGAUUUCGAGAGCGAGAGAGAGAAGAGGGCGAGCGAGAGGAGGUCGGCGAGGGCGGGGAGAUGCGCUGGUUUGGAGUCGCGAGCGUGAUCCUCGAGCGCGGGGUUGCUGGUUCGAUUGACGACUGUGCGUGUCGGUGUGGCGAGGCGGGCCGGAUUGACGGCAUGGAGUGUGUGAGUGUGUGAGUGCUUGAGGGAUUUUGCGAGUUCCACGGCUGAGGGUCGAGAGAGUGUUUCUCUAGGGCGGCUCGUUUGUUCGUGAGGCGUUUUGCCGGAGCAGGUUUGGUGCGGAAGGUCUGUCUGAGGAUCGCCGCGACGAUGACCCCGUGGAAUGGUGACGACUCCUCGGGCGUCGGGGUUUCUGCCCCGGCGGAGAGAGCUCUGUCGUUUAUUUCCAAGAGUUUGCACGAUGUCCAAAAGAGCGCUAAUCGAGAUUUGAAGCUGAUGAGCCAAAGAGCCAAGUCUUUCCGAGAUCUUGCCAAUACUCUCGAUAAGGAAUGGGAGAAGGGAGUCGAGACCUUCACGCUUCCUCUGUCUAAGAACUCUAGUAAUCUACUUAGGAAGAUUCGGGAGACGGGACCUCCUCUCUCGGGUCCCCCGUUCUCUCCCAUCACGUCCAUCUCCUCGAAGGACAAUUCGGAUUUUCUGAAGAACUUGGCUCCCAGUCUGCCUAAUUUUCGGAGAUCUCAUUCUGAUCCGAAUUUCAACAACCGACUUACCGAUGAGGCUUCUUCGGGGAGGGCUGGCGGAGGACCGGCCUUCAAUUCUCAGGAUAGUAAGUCUGGAUGGGACCUUAUGCCGAAGUACGUGCCGAGUUCCCAAAGGGGUGGUGGGUGGGCAGAUUGGAGUCAACCGAAACCAUUUCCAGGCAUCAGAGUGAACGACGGCGAUUGGCCCCGUGUAAAGGAGAGGACUGGAGGCAGUAAGAAGUAUCAGACGAAGAUUGACGAUUGGGAGCCUAUCAGGCGAGCCAAGGAAAGUGUGAAGGAAAGCCUGAAGGAGUUGGAAUCUACAGCUGCUACUAGCAAAACUCCGGCUGAAUUUUUUGAGAAUGUCAAGAAAACUGAGUUUUUUGAGAAUGUGAAGAAGAAUUUGAAGCUUACUCCAAUAAAGCAAUCAGCGUUUGGCGCCAAGACCGAAUUUGAAAAUGACGUUGCUCCCUUGGACGUGACGGAAUUGCUGGAAAAUCUUGUUAGGCAGUCCGAACCUUGGCUUGACCAGUUGGGUGUAAAGAAAGAUGUUUCAGAAAAGCUUUGCGAAGCUCUUAGGAGUUACAAGCGCAAGGAGCAGCCAGCAGCGCUUAACAGUGAUAGCCGAGAAAUUUCGACCAGCAACAAAGCAGUCGUGAAGAGUGUGGAUGACUUAGACCUGCGAAUUGCUAGUGUUGUUCAAAGUACUGGUUAUCGAUAUAAAGGGGGCUUGUUUGGGGAGCAAGCCGCUGCAACGGACGAUGAUGAUGGCCGCAGGAAUAUCGCUAUCGUGACAACAGCAAGUUUACCUUGGAUGACAGGCACGGCUGUGAACCCUCUCUUUCGAGCUGCUUACUUGGCCAAGAGCGGCAAGCAAAAAGUGACUUUACUUGUUCCAUGGCUCAGCCAAAAGGAUCAAGAGCUAGUCUACCCGAAUCACAUGACUUUUGAUUCCCCAGCGGAUCAAGAGACGUAUGUUCGUAAUUGGCUCGAAGCCAGGGUUGGCUUUAGACCAGACUUCAAGAUCGCCUUCUAUCCCGGAAAGUUUUCGACGGAGAAAAGGAGUAUUUUGGCAGCUGGAGACAUCAGUCAGUUCAUCCCUGACAGGGAGGCGGACGUUGCUGUUCUCGAGGAGCCUGAGCACCUCACAUGGUACUAUCAUGGGAGAAGAUGGACAGAUAAAUUCCAGCACGUAGUCGGUGUUGUCCACACCAAUUAUCUCGAGUAUGUGAAACGAGAAAAGAAUGGACCACUGCAGGCUUUUUUUCUAGAGCAUGUGAACAACUGGAUGGCCCGUAUCUACUGUCACAAAGUCAUAAGACUUUCAGGGGCAACGCAGAUGUUUCCUAAGUCAAUGGUGUGUAACGUUCACGGUGUUAGUCCCAAGUUCUUGCAUAUUGGCGAAGAGAUUGCAACCCAUAGCAAGGAAGGAAAAGUUACCUUUAACAAAGGGGCUUAUUUCUUGGGAAAGAUGAUUUGGGGUAAAGGGUACAGAGAGUUGGUCGAUCUGUUGAACCAGCACAAGGAUGAACUAGGUGCCAUGGAUGUAGACGUGUAUGGAAAUGGUGAGGACUCAGCGGAGGUGGAGGCAACUUCUAAGAAGCUGGGACUGCGAGUCAAUUUUCAUCGAGGGAGAGACCACGCUGAUGAUACGCUCCAUGGGUAUAAAGUGUUUAUCAAUCCAAGCAUAAGCGACGUCGUCUGUACUACAACUGCGGAGGCCUUGGCCAUGGGCAAGAUUGUAGUCUGCGCAGACCACCCUUCAAACGAGUUUUUCGAGUCGUUCCCUAACUGUUUCAUCUACAAGAACUCGGAGGAGUUCGUCCAAAAAGUGAAGGAGGCCAUGGCUUCAGAACCGGUUCCACUCACUGCCGAGCAGCGUUACCUUUUGUCAUGGGAAGCAGCAACCGAUCGAUUUCUAGACUGUGCUGAGCUAGAUAAGCUUCCUCCGAAGAAUGGUAGUCUGGAAACAGUUCUUCCCACUUCAGGUGAAGAGGUUGCAGAGAAGAAGAAAACCAUGUCACUGUCUAUGUCUAUGCCCAAUCUGGGUGAGGCUGUGGACAAGGGUUUGGCUUUUACACACUUUUUCCUUUCAGGUAUCGAGCAGGCACGGAAUGUUUCAGGAGCUCUUCCUGGGACUAUGCAUCCCGACAGUCAGUUCUGCAGGGACCUGAACCUUCCUCCUCCUUUGGUGCAGAGACCUGUAUAUACCUGGUAGGAGUGUGCAUAUUUAAACUGUUCAUAUCUUGAGCAACCAUGGAAAGAUGGUGUAUAUGUCACUCUGAGUACCGUAGUGGACAUGGACGCAGUUCUAUGGUUGCACCUCUUUUUGCAGAUCUUAGCAAGUCAUACUUGCAAUACGACACAUACUACAGCUGAAAGCAUUUUAGAUGGCGGGAACCUGUACAGUAAACGAUUUUUUCUUAGAGAGUGUAGAGAUUGGUUACGUUAAAGCCGCCACCUGGAAGGUCAUGUACCAUUAUAUUUGUUAUCAUUUUUGAGUCUGAUUGAACAAACGUUUAGCUUUGUUCAAUUUACCAUCUCUGCGAGGUCUUUACAUGAACACUUCACCAAUUUAGUGGCCGACAGUACAGGUGGAUUUUUUGGCUGCAAAAGUGAUUCCUAUGUUGAAACCAAAGUUUCGGUGUAUACUAUUGACGAUUUUACAAAAAUUAGGUAGCUUGAUUAUGUUAAGGUCAGCGUCG